CUGCUCAGGCGGGCCACGGUGAGGCGGCCAUUUUGCGGCAGGUUCCGUGUGCCGGCGGUAGCAAUCAGCAGCAGUUCGUCAUCCUUCUUCACACACUCACCGCUCACACAUGGCCGAAUACUCCGCAGUGGCGCCGCCUAACGCGUUAACGGCUGGCGGAGGAGGAGCAGGUGGUGGUGGUGGUGCCGGUGGAGCUGGAGGAGGCGCUGGUGGAGGUGGAGGAAGCGGCGCUGGAGGAGGAGGUGGUGGCGGCGGCACGGGUGCCGGUGCAGCCGGGGGUACAGGAGGAGGAGGACCCGGCGGCGCUGGUGGAGGAGGAGGCGGCUUCAAAAAUGAUGCCUUCGCCGACGCCCUUCAGAGGGCGAGGCAGAUUGCAGCAAAAAUUGGUGGAGAUACAGGAACAACAGCAAUAAGUACAUCUGACUAUGGAUAUGGAGGACAGAAAAGACCCUUGGAAGAUGGGGAUCAACCAGAUACUAAGAAAGUUGCCCAGAACGACCCAUUUGGAGCACAGCUAGCUGCAAUGCAUCAACAGCGGUCAAUUGCAACAGAGGAAUACAAGGUUCCUGACAGCAUGGUUGGAUUUAUUAUUGGUAGAGGAGGAGAGCAGAUUUCGCGCAUACAACAAGAGUCUGGGUGCAAAGUACAGAUUGCGCCUGACAGUGGUGGUUUACCAGAAAGGUCUUGCAUGUUGACAGGCAGCCCUGAUUCUAUUGUAGCUGCAAAGAGACUGCUUGAUCAGAUAGUUGAAAGGGGCCGAAUUGGUCCUGGUACACACCACGGUGAUGGAGCAGGUACUUCUGUGCAGGAGAUCAUGAUUCCUGCAAGCAAGGCUGGGCUUGUUAUUGGAAAAGGCGGAGAAACAAUCAAGCAGUUACAGGAACGUGCUGGAGUGAAGAUGGUGAUGAUUCAAGAUGGACCUCAGCCAACAGGAUCAGAUAAACCUCUUCGAAUUACAGGAGAUCCAUACAAAGUACAGCAAGCUAAGGAUAUGGUGAUGGAUUUAAUUCGUGACAGAGACCAAGGUUUUAGAGAGCAGCGUAACGAAUAUGGAUCUCGUGUGGGAGGGGCUAAUGAAACAUUGGAUGUCCCUGUGCCUCGAUUUGCUGUUGGUAUUGUAAUAGGGAGAAGUGGAGAAAUGAUAAAGAAAAUACAGAAUGAUGCAGGGGUGAGGAUUCAGUUCAAGCCAGAUGAUGGGACGACUCCAGAAAGAAUAGCUCAGAUCCUGGGCCCUCCAGACAGAUGUCAGCAUGCUGCAGAGAUACUAAGAGACCUCCUACGAAGUGUGGAGGCUGGCAUGCCUCCUGGUGGUAGUGGUCCUGGUCCUGGCAGAGGAAGAGGCAGAGGACAAGGGAACUGGAAUAUGCCCCCACCAGGUGGUCUACAGGAGUUUACUUUCACAGUACCAAGCAGUAAGACUGGCAUAAUUAUUGGCAAAGGAGGGGAGACUGUUAAAUCCAUUAGUCAGCAAUCAGGAGCACGAAUAGAGCUCCAGAGAAACCCACCUCCAAAUGCUGAUCCCAACUUCAAAAUGUUUAUUAUUCGUGGAUCAACUCAGCAGAUUGACUAUGCCAGGCAACUUAUUGAAGAGAAGAUUGGGGCUCCUACUGGUCCUCCUGGGCCACCUGGUCCUCAUGGUCCCCAUGGACCCCAUGGCCCACCUGCCCCUCAUGGGCCCCCCGGUCCCCCAGGUCCUGGAGCUCCUAUGGGACCCUAUAACCCAGGACCCUAUAAUCCAGGCCCUCCUGGCCCACCUCAACAUGGACCACCAGCACCUUAUGCUCCACAAGGAUGGGGGAAUGCCUAUCAACCCUGGCAACAGCAGGGUCCACCAGAUCCAAGUAAAGCUGGAGAUGCAAAUACUGCUGCGUGGGCAGCGUAUUACGCUCAGUAUUAUCAGCAGCAAGCACAACAGCCUCCUGCCGCUCCAAGCACUGGUCCGAGCAAUACCCCAAAUUCUGCACCUGCAGGUGAUCCAAACCAGCCAACUGCUCCUCCAAAUCCUCAGACCGAUUAUACCAAGGCCUGGGAAGAAUAUUACAAGAAAUUAGGUCAACAGGGACAACCACAAGGCCCCCAGCAAGAUUACACCAAAGCUUGGGAGGAAUACUACAAGAAGCAAAGUCAGGCAGCCCAAGCCUCGAGUACAGCAGCGCAACCAAGCGGACAGCCUGACUACAGCGCUGCAUGGGCUGAGUACUACAGACAGCAAGCAGCUUAUUACAGUCAGACAAACUCCCAGCCGAUGCCCCAGCACCCACCAGCACAGCAACCCCCACAGGGCCAGUAAUGUGAAGUGGAGAUAUUUGCGUCAUUGUGGGAAAAGCCUUUGUAAAAUUUAUGGAUGCAGACGUCUUGAUGAAGAUCUUAAUUUUGUUUUUGGUUAAGAAACAUAGUGUUUGUUCCUAUUGUCAUAGCUAAGAGGUAGUGAACUUGACAACAAUUAUUUUGUGUAGAAUUGCAAAUUUGGUUUGCUUUUAGAGAAUCAAUAGUUUGAACAUUCCAGCAUAUGUAUUUUCUAUUUUUAUUCGGUCAUUAAAGUGACAUGUGCUUUUGUUGUAAAAUGUAUUAAUUUCAUUGUAUACCUGUUCACUUUUAAAAUGCUUGUUUUGUGCUUGACAAUAAAUGAUAUGAAAACCUUUGUUUGUGGGUAAGUUGGAUCUAUGGGUAAAGAUACUAGAGUUGUGUUGCGCUAUUGGGAUUGUAACCUAGUAGUACAACACAUUCUCUGCCUUGUGGCUUUCUCUCUUGAGGCAAUCUGGGACUGAGACUUGGAAGAUUUCAAUUCAGAUCUAACGUAGCCAAGUUCUUGAGUUGAUAAUUAUUACAAUUUAGUUAUUCAGUAAUAAUGCAUUAUGCCAAGUUGCAAGCAGUUUGAAUUUUGCAUAAUUUUUCUAUAGCAGAAUGUAUGAUGGUAAAAUGCUAUUUAAUCUUAUGGAUGGCAUUCUUGGCUUUUCUUUGCAGUUUCUUUCUAAUUACCUCUAUGGCAAACUACUUAGGAAAUACUUGUCUAUUUGUUUGCAGUCUAUAAUUACUGCCAUGUAAAAUAGUGCCCCAUAACUUUUUUUUCUGACAGAAGGAGUUUAGAAAAACUGAUGGUAAGGUACCAGUCAAAGUAUUGACCAAUGACUUAAGCAGCUUAAACUGACAAUGGAUUUGUUUUCAGUUGCAUUAUGACCUUCUCCACAUUAUUUGGUUGGAAUUUGCUAUUUUAAAAUCUGAAAAGAUUUGAAUUUACUCUGCAUAUUAUUCCAGCUAUUUGAAAAUCAUUUGUUUCUGUGCAAAUUGCACUCUUUUUUUGUUGUGUUUGCACCUGCAUAUUAUAGUUGUUCGUUUUAAUUUAUUGAAACGAUGAAUGCAAUUGCAGUCUGUUUGCCACUGUAUCUAUUGAAGUACAGGUGUGUUCCAGCCAAUCUAGCACUAGCUCUGUAAGGGUAACCUGGCGUAUGCUGUGCACCAUCCUUGAUUCUAUUCCUUCAAGGAGCUUUGCACUGUAAGUACAUUAGAAUAAAUCUUGACUGAAGUAGAACUGACUUACUGUGCAGUAACACUUGAAAUUGUUUUUGCCCAUGUCCUCUUAUUAUACCUAAAUUUUAUGUAGAGAUUAAUGUGCCCUGAUCACAUACUUGGCAUGUAAACCUUGUAGGAAUUGAACUAAUAGGUAUUUUCCCUGCUAGUAUUGUUGAUUUAAAAAAAGUCUCUUAUGGGUAAGUAUUUCCUAAAUUGUGUUAACUGAUGAUUGAGAUGCUGCUGAGUAGAAAUGUAUUUUGGGUGAUAUUGUGCUAGCCUUUUCUUAGCUUACUUGGAUUGUAUGCAAAUAUAUUUUGUUGAUAAAGGUAGGUAGGUCAGGAGUGUGCUGCAUUUCAACUGUCUUGAUAUUCAUCCUAUUAAAUGGUCAAGAAUAUUUGCUUUUGAUGUUGAUGGGUAGAACAAAGUUAUUUCUUUUUUUUAAAUGAGCGCAUAAUAUUUUCCAGAGCAAAGUUGUCUUUUUGCUGUAAAUUGCUAACUGAAGUGGUAAACGUUGAAUAAAUGUUCUGAUUUGGAUUGUGCUUAUUUUGGACGUGAGAAUGAAGUGUUGCAGUUUUUGCUGUGGAUAACAUUGUUCUGAGCAGGCAUUUUAACUUAAAUUUAGUUUUGCUCUUCACUUCAUGUUUUGAAUGCUAUUUGAUUCAAGUGGGAACAAAAUGCUGUUGAUAAAUGAUGGAGGUGAAUUGUACUAUCUGCACUGUAAGUUCAGAGGUUACUGUAACUUAGUUUCACAGCUGGGCCCACAUUCACAGAAUCUAAUUUUGCAGGCAUUAAUCAAACCCCUUCUUGAGCCACAAAGAACGUUCAGUAGCCCAGCUGUUGGGGACUGCUCAUUUUAGGUAUGGAGAAUCGAAUGAGUACUAUGACCAAGAACCACAAGACAUCUGCAGGUUUAUCCUGAAUGUGAGUUUUGUUCACGUAAGAAACUUUAUUGAAGUUGAUAUUAUGAAUUCAGAGAUGAGAAUUUUUGAAUUUUCUUUCUCAUGAAAAACUUGGGGAAAAUCAUUGCAAAUUUAUUGGUGUAAAUUUAUAUGAAAAUCCAUCGUCCAUGUGUAUCUUCAGCUACAGAUUUUAUCUGGUGGUUUUUUAAUUGGAGAGAUUAUUCUCCAUUACUCAUUUAUAAUCACCUGCAUAGCGAUGUCUCUGCAUAAGCACAAGAGUUAACAGUAGCUGUUCUCCCCUUUACCUUUUUCAAUUUAUUAUGGCAUUCUGACUCUGCAUGGAGAUGUAACUAUUUUCUGCUGUAACAGAAAUGAAUACAACAGUCUUAUCCCUUUUUUCAUUGAUAUCUUUAUCCACUUCAGGUCCUUUGUCAUUGGAUUAUCUUAGUUUUGCUUAAUUUUAGAAAGUGUCCCAAAUAUACUGUUGACAAUGGGCAGAUUACUUUGUCUCAUGGAUUUUAGUGAGUGCCCAAAGGAACUUUUAUUAGUUUAGAAGAACUCUUAAGCUGAGGGUCUGUGCAAUCUGAAGAGAUUAGUCUUGACAAACUCCUGGUCAGAAAUCAGACCUGAAUGAAUCCAUGUGCCCAAUCACUGAUGUAAUCUUCUUGCCUUCAAGAUAAAAAUGGAUUCUUAAUAAUCGUUGUAGAAAACUUGUCAGAAAAACCAAUCAGUCACUAGAUGCAAUGCAAGGAAGGAAACAGGGAAAUCAGUAUUUCUAAUUCUCACUCUACUUUUAGUUAAAGAUAAGAAAUAUGUGCUACGUGUUUUGGUACCAACUGACAUUGUGCCAAAUAAAAUAAUAAUUACAGACAGCAUUUGUCAGUGAUUUGGAAUGGUACACAUUACAACUGUGGUCCACAUUUGGAAUGGUACACAUUGCAACUGUGUUACCAUACAUAUACUGCAAGUGCAGGCUGUAGAUUCUAGGGAGGAAUCAGCAAAGUGCCUCUGCUUUCCUUAUAGUGGAAUUCCCUGUAAGUGUCAUAUUUUACUAAAAUUAAGAUACUCUGAACCAUGAGCCCAAUAAAACCAUUUGAUCUUUAUUAAGUUUUCGUGUGAUUUGAGGACAACUUCACUGCAUCACUAAUUUUCAGUUUAGUUUUAAUACAAUUAAAAUGUCAUUGAGAUCAGUUGAGUAGAAACCCAAGAAAAGUAAAAAUGUUAAAGAAUAGCAAAUUAUUUAAUGGAGUGACUUAAAAUAAUAUAACUGGAGUAAUAAUUGAAACUGAUCUAGUGGAGAAUUUAUUAGUACUGUUCUGUUUAAUGUUCUCUUUUUGCCAUUGUUUGGUGCAGUUUGCCACAACGCUUUGUUUGCCUUGCAGAAGAGAAUGGUUUAGAUGUCUGUAUAUAAGCUCAAAAUAUGAAUGCCAGUAGACUUGUCCAAAGUUACAUAAUGUUUAUUAAGAAUGGCUUUAGAUUAGAUUUUGUUACUCAAUACAAGCUGAUGUUCUAAUUGUUAUAAUUUGAAAAUCUGAAUUAAUGGGAAGAAUUUAAGAAAUGAGUACAGAUGGGGGUGGCAGGUCGAAGUAUUGGCAUAGACUGACUGGGAGUCCUAAAUGAGAAACUAUGAAAAAUAAUCACUCCAUAGAUGGUGACUUUCGGGUGAAUUUGAUGAUUUGGCCAUGAUACAAACCAUUCUCAAUACCCAUGAGAAUUUCAGUAAUUACAUAUGAAAUUGCAUUUUCAUUCAAUGGGGAAAGAUAGUAAAGUUGUUAAUUAGAUUGGAAGUAGAAAUAAUUUUAUCACCAGAUCUCAACAUUUUUAUUUGAUUAUGUUGAAUUGCCCUUUAUGUAUGGUGAUUUUAUUAGUUCUUUAGCAAGUGAUUAUUUUACGAUUGGUAAUGGGGUCAAAUUCAAACUAAAUUUGUUAGUAGCUACUUACUUGAGCUUGUAAUUAUAUGAAGUAUUGAACAUAUAGAUUAACAGCUUAAAAGAUUUUAAUCAUUGUGUUAUUCCUUUUUUUUUGUGGUAACAGAAUGACGUUUCUUAAUUAUUGAAAUUUUUAAGAAUUUGUACUUGAAUAGGCUUAGAAUAAACCACACAAUUUAUGUAAGACAUUAUGAGCAGAGUUGUAAUCCUGAAAUGUAAAGUUAGUGAUAAUACGUAAUUGCUUAGCAUUCAGUGCAGCUUGCUGAUUGUGAAUGCUUGAGAUUGCUAGAGCAGGUUUCAAGGAAAUGGGUACAAUGUUAGUCUUCCUAAAUUAAUCUGAGGUGUAUUAAAUUCUAGUCAAGACUGGCAGGUGGUAGGAUUUGGGGCUAACAGUAAUGAACAACAAAAUGAUAUGAAGAUGAAAUUCUAUUGAUAAACUUGGGAUAAAUGUUAGUGUCCCAUCAUUUAUCUAGCUGACCUGAUGGUUCAGGCCUUCAUUUAAGUUGCCUAGUUGCAUGAACAUUUUGCUCAGGCUUUUUAAAUGCCGGCAUAAUGUACUUUGUUUUUCCACAGUUAGGUCAUCUUGCACUAUAAGAGCAUGAGGUGUUUACUGAACAGCAAUGUCUCUAUACUGAUAUACAUUGUUGUAGUUUUGCAACUGCUAUAUAUCUUUUCAAAAUUUAACAUUUGACUCUGCUUCUUUGGAUAUCAAAUAAACCAGUCAGGGCAAAUAUUCAAGAAAAUGGUUUGUUCAAUAAUGAAAUCUUGAAUUACAGAAGAUAGGUUUGUUUGCAAAGCAGCUUCCUGUUCAGGAUAUUUUAGUUCUGUGUUUUUUUUUCUCCUUACUCUGCAAAAGCACUCUUCAGAUGUGAGUUGCUCUCUAAUCAUCCAUUCUUUGUGUUAGCUGUGGCAUUAGGCAUCAGCAAGCUACUUUAGCAGUGGAUUGCAUUGAAGCUGCACUUUUCUUUGUGCUGCAGCCACCAGGCCAUGCAUACUAAGUGCUGGAGAGCAGUAGCAAUACCUGGUAGUCUUUUCUUUUGUCCACUGUUUGCAUAAACCAGGACUGUGCCAUUUGUAGCAUUACUUAUUUCCAUCUUCGUUUGUGAUCAGCAAACUCAGGUGAGAUUAAUUGUUGAUUUACUGAUUUGUGUAGCUAAGUGCCAAUUGUGAUUAAAUUUUUCAUCUGAGGCACCUAAAUGCUCAUGCAACUUUCAUAUUUUUUUAAAUUGGUAACUUUUAACUCAAAUUCUCUUCUCUUUGAAAUUUUGUUGUAUUUCUCCUUUGUAAGGCACUGUCACUUUGAAUUCUCUAGGCUCCAAAUAUUUCUCCAAAUACUCUACCUUGAGCUUUUGCUAAUAAUUAAAUAAGCUUCCUUCUGCUUGAUCUUUUUAUCUCCUCUGGUACCAAGCUAUGUGUGUAGUUCACCAUUUGCCAAAUCUUGCUGCUGUCAUCUUAUUAUAGUUUAAUUUCACAAAUUAAAUAUGCAAUUAGCAUUGUUAAGUAAUGCUCAGCAUUUUCUCUGAAAUAUUAUGUCUGUAUAGCACCCUUAACAUUGUAAACAGCCAAAGAUGUUUUGCAUAGGUAGCUGGAGUGACUUUGGAAAUAAGCCAGCACUAUUUCACUAGAAUAUAUCUUUGCAGAAUUAUCUAAAGCUGGGCAAAGAGGUGAGGAGCUUGAAUAGGAUUGUGAUUGCUGAAGGAUGUAUUCAUUUGAUUUUUAAGAAGAUUUUAAUAAAUUAGAGCUUAGAACUUGAUGUUACGCAUUUGUUUUGCUUUUCUUUGUUUAUAACAUUUAUUUUCAAGUUACCGAGAUACUGGACUAGCCUAACAAGAUAUUGGUUCGUAAUAGGUUUGCAUUUCUUCCUCUUGCCAGCCCCAUCUCCCAAACAUUCUUUUCAGUCAGAACAACCCUACCAAAUUCACAUUGUUAUGGAAGCCCUGAUGUGGGACCUUAAAACUUUGUAUUUGGCUGUGGAGAAAAUUAAUGUGUCUUGCUACCUGCUUCUGAAUUUGAUAACUUAAUUUUACAUUGCCUAGGUUGAAAGUUUUGAAUGGUAGCUAUGCAGCUAUCCAUUGAAUGAAUGAUUUUGCUGAUAAAUUAAAGCCGAUUCAUCUUGGCUUAAUUGUAGGAAAAGGUGAUUUGGAAUUCCAAAAUUUAUCUUUAAUUCAAUGCAAAUAUUUUGACCAUAAAUGGUUUGCAAUAUAUUUGGCAUUCAAAUAAGAAAAAUGUGUAAAACGCUUAGUAAAACAAAAGCUUGUUUUUGUAAAUGCGUUCGCAACAAAUUGAAAGACAACCAAAUGUUCUGUUCUCCAUUGCAUUAAGAAUCAAAUGUGGAACAGAUUAAAUUGACCUCCUUGUUUUGCCUUCCAGAGGAAAAGUCACCUUUGUUCAUGAUUCUGUAUUUUGGUUUGUUGUAGAUUGUAAUGUUUGAAAUGAAUGCAUUUGAUUAUUGCUUGAUGGUGGAGCUCAUCUUUAAAAGGCAAUAUAUAGCUAAAUAUUUUUGACCAAUUGAUUUCUGAGCAAUUGCCACUCUACCCAUCCAUCCCAUUAUGCGGAAUUAUAUCUCAAAGCUGAUAAAUGUGAGUUAUGUUUGAGCAGGGAUAUUUAUCUUGAUUGCUGUUCUUUAGGGUAGCAGUCACAGUUGGUACCGUAUAGGAUUUCUUUCUGUUCAUUUUUAAAUUUAGGCUUUUAUUCUUUGUCAGAUUAUAGACCUAAGCACUUCUGACAGUGUGACCUUGCAGACAAAAUCCAGGCCAAAUUGAAUUAGUCAUGACAAAAUCUUCACCGGGAUUACACGUGCCUGUUCAAAAGUUUGGAUGAUCCAGACUCCUUAACAUUGGUCAGCAACAGUCCCGGAUCCCAAGGUGAGGAUGACCAUCUCCUCCCACAGUCUAUCAGAAUUGUAACAUUUAUUUUGGUAGCUCUGGAUAUCUACCAUUGACUGCCAGUGAUCUGAUUUUAUUUCCAAUUGCAUGUAGUUUGUGAUUCUGUACGAAAUAUAUAAUUUUUUGUACAUUUUCCAGCUGGCUGUGAUCUCAUUAAAAAAAAUUGAUGCUAUAUUUUUUGAACAAUGCCAGUAGAGUAAUAGUCCGAGUCAUAGAACACUAUAGCAUAGGAACAGGCCAUUCUGCCCAUCUAGUCCCUCAACCUGCAACUAGACCAUAGCCCUCCAUGCUCCUCCUAUCCAUGUGCCUAUCCAAAUUUCUAAGUCUUGAAAUUGAACCCACAUCCACCACUUCCACUGGCAACUUGUUCCACACUUGCCAUCAUCAGCAUGAAGAAGUUCCCCCUCAUUUUCCCCUUAAAUAGUUCAUCUUUCACCCUUAAGCCAUGACAUCUGGUUUUAGUCUCGCCCAAUCUCAGUGGAAAAAGCCUGCUAUACCCUAUGUAUAUUUCUGUGAAGGGAAUAUUUGGUCUUCUGUGGGUGUUUUUAUUGCAAAAGACAGUGAUGUUAGUAUAUCUACCAAUCAUAAUAAAUAUUCAUUGAACUUGAAUACACAAGAAAAGUGCAUCUAAUGUUAUUGUACCUGUGAGGAACAGUUUAAAUUCUGGACUGACUACUCCCUCUUCCUUUGGCAACUGCAUGUUAGGACAAAGUAUCAAGGAAGUUAUCACACUUAUAAUGGGAGGCAAAUAUUGCCCCUGUUUCAGCUUCCCCUUCCCCUCCCAUAGUAUGCUAAUUUCUCCCUCUUAAAUUCUGAGAUUUGUGCCUGGGGGAAACAACCUCAAUUGUUAAAUUGGCCUGCCUUUUAUUUUUGAUGGAUCAAAUUAGCCCCUUCCAAUUUUUCAUAAAUUUGUAAAGCUGUUUUGAGAACCUAGUCAAGGGAUUGGUGAGAAUGUAAGCUCAUUAAAUGAGUUUUUAAUUAGAUGAAACAAUUUGAGGUUUUAGUAUCCUUACUGUUUCAUGAAAAGUGGGACGGUUAUUGGGCAAAGUUAGUGCACGUAUUGAGUAUUGAUAUAGCCAUAAAACAUGGUGAGAACAUGAAUCUCCGAGUUUUUUUGGGUUGCGGUGUAUUUAUCUUGUUCAUGGUAAACACUUUUGGGAUAAAUUUGUCAUUGGAGUUUAAUCUUUCUGUAGAGCAUGUAAUGAAGCCUAGCCUGUAUCAAUUGAUAUGGUCGUUUUGAUAGUAAUGAAGCAGUCACUUGAAUAUAGUGUGGAUCUUUCAUAGCUUUUUGCCAUAUAUAACUAUGCAUGCAAUGUUUUAGGUAUUUAGACAGCAGCAAUAAACUUUGAAUAUACUUAGCUGAAUGAGUAAAGCACCCUUUCCUUUAAAGCAGAACUCCAUAAACCAGUUCCAUACAUCUCGCAUUGCAACUGAAUGCCAAAGUUAUUGUAAUGCUCACUUUAUAAGAAAGUGUUUCAAAUGGAGGCUUUUGGUAUAGUUUUCUUGUACCAUGUGAAGUCGCAACUCAUUGCAAAUGAAGUGCAAUUUUUAUACUUCACAGUGUCACCCAGACCUUGAACCUUAAGUUCUGCUGCAGUACACUGAAAGGUAAGCGAGACCAAAGGCACAUUCUUACAGGGUUGGAAAGAUUUUAACCAGUUGUUGGCCCUCUGUUGUUGCACUAUUGUGAUGAAACUCCUCAUUCCUUUACAGUACAAGAAUGCAAUUACGUUAGUCUGAUUAGCCAAAUGUGAUAUAAUUCUAAUAUAUAAAUUUAUGUGGGUUAAAAGCAUAAAAGGCUAUGAAUAUGCAAUAAUGUACAAGACUAGAAAUGUCAGCAUCUGAAAGAGACUCGUUCGGGUUUUGGGCCUGUAGCUGAAGCAUUUUAUCUGUCUUUGCAAUGCCAUCACGUUUGCCUUGCUGUUUUAAGUUUUUGAUUUUGGAAGAAGUAGGAAUUUGUACAUGGAUAAAGUGUUCAGUGUGCGAUUAGCAGCUCCAGUUUUUAUGAGAGUAUUUAGAAAUUACUAACAUAACUUUUGAUAGGAACUUAAGUCAUAAAACUACUGUCCAUUCUGAAGGGCUGUUUGUUCAGAUUUCAUUAUAUAUUAGGUGUCUGCAUCACUACCGUUGCUAUGCUUUCAUUCUAAAUCUAUAAUUAGAAUGUGAAUCAGCUGCGAAGACCUUGUUGUAUUUGUUUAAUAAUACAUAUAUUGGCAAGAGGGAUUGGGGGAGUUAAGAGGAGUUUAUAUAAACCUAUUCAGUUUGUAUGUUUUUGUAGGAAAAGCUGUAUGCUUUGCUAUGGUUAUUCCAUAUUGUCUUAUUUUAUCCCUCUCCCACUCUGGAUGAAAAAUGCCUUUGGUUAUUUCACCCCCAUGAAGCUAGCGUACAUUUCCCAAAUAUCAACCCUUUCGGUAUUGCAUAAGAGGUCUGCAGAGUGAGACUUGCUGUUUCCGCAUUGAAGCCUUUUGAGAAAUAGCCUGGAGAUUAGGUUAAAAUAUCAGCAGUUUACACUGCACUAAUCUCAGGCACAUAAUUGUAUGUUAAGGUCAGGUAUGCUGUUAUUUUGCAAUGUUUUUAAUGGUGAUUCACCAUUUACUGCAGGUUUGUGAGUUUACAGUAUUUUAGUUGGUGACCCGCUUAGAAAUCAUGUGAUCAAAUGGGUGAAUCCACUUGAGUGCAAUUUAUUUUAGGGGAUUAAAUAUGCCAGAUGUUAUUACCUUUGUAUUUUAAUCAAAAAGUCUUCGUGAUAUUGUCUAAAAGCCAGUCUGCUUAUCUCUUGGCAAUUCUUUUCCCCUCAAAGUACACAUAGACGGUGCCUUCGUUCUUGCACAGCGCUGAAGAGCUAGCUGGCAGCACCCGAUUCAUAGGUCAUAGCAGCAGGCCUUGAGAUAGUUUCUACCCUUAUGGAGGAUUCCUUUGAGUUCAUCCUUUUGAACUGAUGAACAUAAAAACAUACAAGGGCUCUCUGUAUAAGGUAAUGUUUAUUUUGAGGGAAACGUCAUUUGUGUGCAGGUUUAUUAUGCACAAACUGUGAUAUUCUGAUCGGACAUGUUCUCUGAUUUUGGCUUAUGAACUUGUUUCUGCUCCCGUGUUUCAGUCAUAGGCACAUGUUAAACUAAAUCCACUUUUUCCUGCAGGCUGAAACUAUUUUAAAUUACAUAGUCCAGUCAAAUUUAAUACAUCUAGAGUUGUACAAAUUUUAAGUCAUCAGGACAAGACCAGUUUAGAAUUGCAAGACUUUUUAUGUAUGCUUUUUUUUGGCUUGUUUUUCCUCUGGUUAUUUUGUUUUUACUUUGGUCUUUCUUUGAUGCUUCUACAGAGUUCAAAGUAUAAAUUUAAAUUACUGAAUUAAAAUGAACAUAUCAAAUUAUAUGCAUUAUAAUUUUGAAAGUAGGUUUUAAGUUGAAUAGAGAAGAAAUACAGAGAUAUAACAGUUUAUUUGUCUGUUAUCUUGGCAGUUUACUUAAUGAUGCAAUGUAAAUAUAGGAAUCUGCAGUAAGUUAGGAAAAAUGGAUGCAGCUUGUAUAAAUGAGCACAUUGAACUUUUUACAUUUGAGGGCUUGCUUGAACAACUUACACAUUUUUGUUUGUCUCAAAAAUGUUUAGAAGUCUGGAUUCUAAGAAAAUCUGCAGAAGAGAUCUUCUGCUUUUAUUACUGUACACAGUUUGUUAGAUUCUAUAGUGAAUUGUCAUUUAACCCAAUAGUGUUUUAUAUUAGGCAGCAACUGUAAGAGAAUUUAGAGGAAUGAUGUAUCUGGAUUUCACUGCAGAUAUUUGCUAUUAUUCCUGAUUGUACUUUAUUAUUGGUACACUGUUAGAUAGGUUUCCUGCAUAUUUCUUUUGCAUUUUUUUAAAACAUGACUUUUGAGAUGGAUUAGAUACUAUCUCGAAGAAAAAAUCUUCAGAAAAUGUGCAUUGCUGGAGAAGACUACUAAGCAAAUAAAGGGCUUGCUGUGGUUGGAGGAAGGGAUAUACAGAUUUGGAGCUGAACAGUAAGGUAACUUCUCAUCUGACAAAGCUGUUUGAGAAUGAUACAGAUAUAUUGACAUUAAAGGUUUUGCUUUACUUACUGAUGUGUAACUGACUUUAGUGUGAAUUAAAUUG